ACAAUGCUAGUAGUAUUUUUUAAAUUGUUCGUUGUUACCAUGUUUUUCUCUUGCACAAAUGUCAUUAUUGCACAUAUUCCUGUCCAAUUUGUUGUGAAGAGCGAUUCUUGUACUUUUCGUAUCUGUUGUAUUUCUUCCUCAUCAUUCGUGCAUUUAUUUCGCAGUUUCUUGAGGAAAUUACUUGUUGAAAUCCCCUCAUAAAUGUCGGCACCCCAGUUAUUUCAGCUCUAGUUCCUGUGAUAUAUAACUGCUGCAUUCACAUAUUACUGCAGGAUAACUACUGCACGAAAGAGUGUUGCUAUGGUUGUUAUUUGUCAGAUAAUUCUUUCCUAGUAUUCUAGAAAGCAAAUCUUGAGAGUAAUUUCUAUUACUUGGAAAAAGAAAAAAAAUUCAAUUCAUGAAUGCCCCAUGUGUUUGUGAAUUAUUCUGUAUUUGAAAUCAAGAAUCUGCUUUUGGGGCAUCUAUGUUUAUUCUUGAUGUUUUUUGGUACUUCAUUAUUGAAGAGUAUCUACAUGAUUUCUGCAGCUUGAUCAUGUGUGCCUGAUAAAAUUUCUCACAUCCUUGGACAACACUAGGCCUAGUCUAGUUGGUGCUAUGGUGUCUGGUAGAAUAAUUCCCCCUUCAAAGUUACCUUUUUUUUAAAGGGAGCAACGUCAAAGGGGGACCAAGAGUCACUUUGAGUUGUGGUUUUUGCUUCCUAAUAGCUACCUCUUUCUGAGACAAGAAGGGGGGACCUUUGUCUGGUAUUUUAGUUUGUCUAAAUUGUUUGCGAGCGCUCUAAUAAUAGCUGGACUUUGAAGGAAAGAGACAAGUAUUUUAGCAUUAUGAUGAGAAAGUUAAGAGUAGGAAUGAGCACCACUCAGGUUUGGUGGAUGUCAUGCCCCCAAACUUCCUUACCAUCAGAACGCCCUGAUAUUUCCUUUCCCUAAUACGAAUACGAUCAAGAUUCGCGCUAGCUGAGAACGAUAUGGUUAUCCUCUUUGCCCGCUCUCGCUAUGAAACAUUAUAUCUAGAUUUCCUUACAUGUGUGAUGGAUAUUUAGGACAAACUCAGGUUUUUCCAGUUUUGGUUAUUUACUCCUGUUUCUAUUUAACUGAAUUCUCUGCAUUGUUGAGGCUCUGAUGUUUUUUAUUUAUCUGCCACUUCUCUCUAGGCAACAUGUGCCAUGAGGUGACUCAUUCACUAUUUGGCUUCACUCGAAUCUUAUCCAUUCUCUAAUUAUUGCUCCUUUGCUCUGCUUUAUUCAACCUUUCUAUGCUAUUUAGCAACUCUCAAACUAAAUAACCAAUGCACAACGCCUCAACUAUAUAGGAUAGUAUUAUUUUAGCCAAACAUAAACUUUCUAUUAGUAGAUUUACUUAGUGAAAUUUCCUCAAAUAAGGCCAAGCCGUCCAUGCUGUUACCUCAUGAAUCUGGAGUAGUCAAAUUUGUUGAAUGUUGAAUAUUUGAAUAUGAAAACUCCACAGUGGCUUAGGACUUUUAUGGUCAUGUAGAGAGAGAGAGAGAUAGAGAAUGAUAAGCAACAAAAUGUAAACGGACAAGAAUAAAAAAACAUUAGAAUAAGUAAAUGAAAAUAUGGACUGGUAAAUUACUAAUUCAAGUAGAAGCCUUUGAUGCAUAUUAAUACAUUAGUACAUUGUUUCCUCAUAAUCAGCAGACUGCACUUGUUCAAAUGUAUUUAUCAAUGUGUAUUUGCAACACUAUCUAGUAUUUAAUGUGUAAUCAAGAAAUCUAGACCCAAAAAUGAGUACUUUGUGGGGCUAAUACUUUUAUUCCCUUUCUCCCAUUUCCUUUCCUUGUCAUUUAUUAAUUACACUUGUCAUGAAGUCAGACCACCACAAAUAUUAUUGUCAGAAUAGUGAGAGAAACACAAUAUGUACUUGAUAAAUAAUACAUGUACAUAUGUAUUUUGUAAGAGCAAGGCUUCUUGUGCAGACAGCCUUAAACACACUUGAAAAACAGUUGAGCUUGUUUUUCUGUUCCUCUAUGGAAGCCAGCCUGCAGACUCCCUCCAUUGAGAGUUUCUCCUAUAGUUGGCUGGCUAACUUGAAGCCAUCGGACUCGUUGAUCGCAUCCGAUCACGAUGAAGGAGCCUCCUUCAUCGAGAUGGAUCCAAGAUUGCCAGCCUCCAAGAGGUUCAUCCGAGUUUCGUCUGAUUUUGGUUUCGAUUUCCCCGUGUCGGACUCCCCAUUAGGCCUUGUUCAUGCUGAUGAGCUCAUCUCCAACGGCUUCCUCGUCCCCCUUUUCGUCAAGGAGGUGAAGAUGGAGAGGUUUGAUGAGGAGGGCUGCUACAUAGCAACGACUACUGCAUCUACAUCUGAGAUAACAGUGCAUACAACGAGGCGCGUGCGCUGCUCCUCGUUGAGGAGAUGCCACAGAUUGUCCAAGAGAUUCUUCAACAAGUAUGUCAUGUUCUUGUUGAGGCCUCUUCUUUAUAGGAGGAGGCGGGAGAGCAGUAGUAGCAUGGCAAUCAGCAGCAACCGCAACUGGGAGCUGUCGGCCGCCACUUCGCCCCGGACCAGCCUGGCCUACUCUGCUGAUGAUAACUGGCGCAGGUCUUGUGAUUCCGAGAGCUCAAUCUAUGAAGCAGUGCUCCACUGCAAAAGAACUCAGGGAAUGUAAUGAACAAGGAUGUCUGAAGCAACGGACAAAGGAAAAGACAUGAGAAAAUUCAAUGGUGUUCAUCUCUUUUUUUUUUUUUUUUGCCUGUUUUGUAUUAUCAUGACAAAUAUGAUGCAGAAAUCUGUCUUUUUGAGGAAGCAGCUUCUGUCAAAGAUUGUAAGCCUUGGAAACUAGUAGUAGUCCGCACAGUUUCACGCCACUGUGGGUGUUUCCAUUAUAUUUGGUUUUGUUUAUUUUAUUGUAUAUUUUUUCUUCUUUUCCAACUCAGGAAAAGAUGGAGUUUUUCUUCUUUGUGAAGUUUUAGGCAGAAUAAUAUUAUCCCAACUUUUAAGUUGGUUGCGAUUA